AUGUUGAAGGCCCCUUCCACCAGGUUUGUUCCUUCCAAGACAGCUAGAGCUGUAAUUUCAGCUGACCCCGCAUCCUGGGACCGUGCUUGGAGCAACACUUGCAGCAACUUGGCCCGACCAGGCUUCCUCUUGUUUGUGCAGUUUCUUUCCAGCCGUAGCAGCUGGCAAGCUGACCGCAUUGCGAUGUUGAAGGCCCCUUCCACCAGGGUUGUUCCUUCCAGACAGCUAGAGCUGUCAUGCUACAGCUGUCAUGCCUUCGGCAGUGGCAGCAGAAAUUGGCAUGCCCUCGGCAAAAGUUCCGAUCGCGUGCCUUUUCUUGGCAGGCAACAAGUCGGCAGAUCCAAUAACAGUUGCCAGAUGCGGAUGACUCAACUUUCUGAACUCGUAGGUGAGCCGUGCGCAUGUGGCCUUCCGCUAAUGUGGAUGUGGCAGAUUGGGUCGCCAGUUGCUCGUGGCUCGGUGGCCUGCGCAGAUGCAGCGUUGAGCGGCGCCAGAUUUGCAAGCGUGGCCGGGCCAGGCCUUGCCAGAUCUCAGAAUCGCGCGUUGCCUUUCCGCAGCAUGGCGCACCAGAUCCGGGCGCAGCGGCUCAGCCAGAUUUCAUCCCAUGCCAGCUGGACAGUUUGGGCAGGAAGCAGCGUCCACUCAGAGGAGUGUAGGACUUGGCUUUGA